AUGAACUCCUGUUACUUCUUACGUUUCCAUUUAUCAUGUUUUCUUCUCUUGGCUUCCGCCGCAUGUUGUUUUUCACACUCUUCUCUCAUUGGCGUACACCCCCUAGAUGAGGAAUAUUACAGCUCUGAGGUGAUCAAGUGCAAGGAUGGAUCAAAAUCAUUCUCCAGAGACCGUCUCAAUGACAAUUUCUGUGACUGCCCUGAUGGCACAGAUGAGCCUGGGACUUCAGCUUGCCCUGCCGCAAAGUUUUAUUGCAGAAACCUUGGUAGCAAGCCACUGUUUAUAGUUUCUUCUCAUGUUAAUGAUCAUUUUUGUGAUUGUUGUGAUGGGAGUGAUGAACAUGAUGGAAUCAUUUGUUGCCCCAACACGUGUGUCAUGGGUGGGAAUGCAGAGUCCACAAUUAGCCAUUGCAAGCCAAAAGCAAGUAAAAAAGGAGUGAAGUGGGAGGAAUCAGUUCAUAACCUUACUGGUUUGAAGUUGCUGUUUGUUCUACAAGUGGUUGUGGUUAUUUUUCUGGUAUUUCUCUGGAGAUUCCGAUGCUGCACCAGAUCUAGAAGGAGACUUUACCAUUGA